AUGAAGUACAUUCUGGUAACUGGUGGAGUGAUUUCAGGCAUUGGCAAAGGCAUCAUUGCAAGCAGCAUUGGCACCAUCCUGAAGUCCUGUGGGCUGCGUGUGACUGCCAUCAAGAUCGAUCCUUACAUCAACAUUGACGCUGGGACCUUCUCGCCCUACGAGCACGGUGAAGUUUUUGUAUUGAAUGACGGUGGAGAGGUUGAUUUAGAUUUGGGAAAUUAUGAGAGGUUUUUGGACAUCAAUCUGUACAAGGAUAACAACAUCACCACUGGGAAGAUCUAUCAGCAUGUCAUUAACAAGGAGAGGCAUGGGGAUUACCUGGGCAAGACUGUACAAGUUGUUCCACACAUCACUGAUGCAGUUCAGGAAUGGGUCAUGACUCAGGCAAAGGUUCCAGUGGAUGAUGACAGAGAGGAGCCACAGAUCUGUGUGAUUGAGCUGGGUGGAACCAUUGGAGACAUUGAAGGGAUGCCAUUCAUUGAAGCUUUUAGACAGUUUCAGUUCAAAGCAAAAAGAGAGAACUUCUGCAAUAUCCAUGUUAGUUUAGUGCCACAGCCUAAUGCCACUGGUGAACAGAAGACAAAGCCAACACAGAACAGCGUUCGAGCACUGAGGGGUCUGGGCCUGUCUCCAGAUUUGAUUGUCUGCAGAAGUGCAAAGCCAAUAGAAAUGGCAGUGAAGGAAAAGAUUUCCAUGUUCUGCCAUGUGGAGCCUGAGCAGGUGAUCUUUAUCCAUGAUGUGUCUUCCACCUACCGAGUACCCAUCCUCCUGGAGCAGCAAGGCAUCAUCAAGUACUUCAAGGAGAGGCUGAAUUUGCCCAUUGCUGACCAGCCAAGUGAUCUGCUGCUGAGGUGGAAGAAGAUGGCAGACAGAUAUGAGAGGCUGCUGAAGGUGUGUUCCAUAGCUCUGGUUGGCAAGUACACCAAGCUCAGUGAUUGCUAUGCUUCUGUUUUCAAGGCUCUGGAACACUCUGCCCUGGCAAUUAAUCACAAGCUGGAUUUAAUGUACAUAGAUUCAACAGAACUUGAACCCUCUACAGAAGCAGAGAACUCAGUGAAGUACCAUCAGGCAUGGCACAAGCUGUGCAAAGCAGAUGGCAUUCUGGUCCCAGGAGGGUUUGGAAUUAGAGGAACAGAAGGCAAGAUCCAAGCUAUCUCUUGGGCAAGAACAAAGAAAAAACCUUUCCUUGGAGUUUGCCUGGGAAUGCAGUUGGCAGUUGUGGAAUUUGCAAGAAACUGUUUGAACUGGAAAGAUGCAAAUUCUACAGAAUUUGACCCAGACACAAAGAACCCUGUUGUUAUUGAUAUGCCAGAACACAACCCUGGAGAUAUGGGUGGCACAAUGAGACUGGGGAGGAGGAGGACUGUGUUCAAGACACAGAAUUCUGUGUUAAGGAAGCUUUAUGGGGAUGCAAUGUUUGUAGAGGAGCGACACAGGCAUCGGUAUGAGGUGAACCCAGAACUGACUCAGUGCUUUGAAGAGAAAGGUUUGAAGUUUGUUGGCCAUGAUACAGAAGGGAACAGAAUGGAGAUGAUUGAACUGGAGGAUCACCCAUAUUUUGUGGGAGUUCAGUUCCACCCAGAGUUUUCCUCAAGACCUAUGAAGCCUUCACCUCCCUACCUGGGGCUACUUCUAGCAGCAACUGGGACACUCAAUGCCUACCUGCAGCGUGGCUGUAAAUUGUCUCCCAGAAGGAAUGACAGCUACAGCGACCUCAGUGACGACAGCUCCCUGGAGAAAGAUUGUCAUACUUCAGGAAGAAGCUGA